AGAAAAAGUCUAAAAUAAAUAUUUGCUUGCAUUUUCGGUUCAACAGUAGAAGAUUAAUAUGUUGCUUAUUAUACAUUAACAAUAUGAGUCCUAAAACUGUUAUUCUCCAUUUUUUGUUUGUUUUGUGGUGUCUUGUAGGUUUUGCAAACUCGAUCAUAGACUAUUAUUGGCGACCAAAUUUGGGCUUACUACCAAAAGAUGCAUAUUCAGCAGGCAAAAAUGCCAAUGGAGAUUAUGUUUUCAUCGGUCAAGUAGCCAUAGAAAAACACCCUGGGGUGUAUCCAGCUCCAAUAUAUAUGGGGAGGCGAAUUGUAGCAUCUAAAGAUGGACCUCAACAGGCUUGGAACUUCGUGCAGAUUCUUUGCACCCCGUACCCUGAAAAAUUCGUAUGGCUUCCUAGAACUCAAGCCAAUGUUCACAUGCUUCCUGAUAAUGUAUACCCUGUGAUAGGUGGCAUUGAGGACGGUAAAUAUCUCUACAUCGGCAAAAUUCACUAUCAAGGACAAACAGUCAUUGGAAAAAUAUUAUCUGGACAUAUAGGGAAAGCUCUAAUGUACUAUGCUCAUAACAAUGAAGAAAUGGCUGUCGAUACAUAUCAGCUGCUAACUUAUACAGAAGAUUAUGAUAAGUAUGGAAAUUCAAUCAACGAUAUUGGAGCUAGUGUUGUUUAAUAGUAGCUUUAAAAAUUACCUAUAAGAAAUAACCUACAAUAAAAAUUAUUUUUUUA